CACUCCUCUAUGCGUCAGAGUGUGUUUUGUAAACAAAGUAAAAUAUUGUGUUGUUUAAAGAUAAGUGCCAAUAAAAUAAAGUGAAAAAGUCGCUGUUAUCUAUCUACUAACGAAAUAUUAAGUACGAAUAAGCAGGUGUCGGGGAUUUUCCUCCGAAACAGCUAGUAGGGUUGCGAAUAUAUAAAGCGCCAACUAGAUUUAGCAUCGACAAAAUCAGUUCGCGUGUGAAGCAAAGAGUUUGUGUUGACCUGGAAGUAAAAUGCUAUUAAAAUACUUGGGAGUUUUGGCGCUACUAGGCGCGGCAGCAGUUGUCGACGCCGGCCUCAGUGAUGUGGACUACUGUAGUCCGGCCUAUAUGUGCAGUGGACGCAGAGAAAAGCAUGUUUUGGCUUGCAAUCAUACCGGAACUUUUGAUGCGCGCUGUCCGCCAAAUGCCGAAAUACUGCCUAUGACUGAAGAAUUUAAAAAACUCUUCUUAGGUGAACACAAUAAAUAUCGCAACGAGAUAGCGAAGGGUUUAACUUUCGAGCCGGCUGCAGCCAUGGCCACCUUGGAAUGGGACGACGAGCUUGCGUACUUUGCCGAAUUCAAUGUAAAGCAAUGUGGUAUCAUUUAUGAGGAUCAGAAAUGCUUUACCACUGCACGCUACAAUACGCUCGAUCAAAAUAUCGGUUGGCUGUUCAAUACCAAAUCGAAAUUCAAUCGUUCGAAUAUUUUCAAUGAAAUUAAGGAGCAUAUAAGGGUUAAUUGGUAUGAGCAGUAUCACGAUUGUACACAAGCCGAAAUCGACUCGUAUCACCCCCCACAAUUUAAAUUAAUUUUACAUUUUGGCAAAAUGGUUAUGGAUCGCAAUAAUCGAGUUGGCUGUGCUGCUUCUCUCUACGAAACCGCAUAUGGCAUCAAUGUGCUAUUCACUUGUAAUUACGCCCGUCGCCUAUUCUGCUACAAACCCAUAUACCGUUCCGGCGCUUAUCCAGGUUCUCACUGUAGAACUGGCAUGAAUCCAAUUUAUCCAUUUUUGUGCUCCACGAAAGAGGAGUUCAAUCCAAAUGAUUAUAAGGUUUAAUUACUUAGUAAAUGGAGCUAACUAAAUUCUGGAAUCAAACUAAACUAAAAUAAAUAAAUAUACCGGAUAAAAAAUAAAAAUUCCGAAAAAUAUA